AUGCCCGCCGCUCCGUAUGCUCCAACUUCAACAGAUUCUGUACUCAAUGAUAAAAUGCUGGGACCAGUUAUGUCCAAGGUAACAUUAUUUUGUCUAUAGCUAAAGCGACGUGGAAUCUCCUUGACAGAUACUGGAAGAAUGCCAAGCGAAGAAGCUGAACCGGAGAUCGAAAGUGACAUUUUCGAUGCCGAAGGUGGAAUUGCAUGCGCAUCUCUCAGGAAGUCUCUCGAUGGAAAUCGUGCACGAUCUUAUGAAUCGAAAAUUUGAUAAAUUGAACAAGGAGGCGGCGCUGAGUUUUUUGAAACAUGACAAAGAUGCGGACAUGGAAAGGUUAGUCGGAUUAUUGCAGCCGCAGAAGUCUGCCAAUCGCUCUCUCUACCGCUCUCCACGUGAAUUCAGUGCGGUACUCUACGUAGAGCGACCUUGCCAGAACGCUGAAGUGCUAAUACAUGAAAUGACGAAAAACAUCAUGGUGUGUUUUCAGCAUUUUUGCAAAGUUUCCGUUCGUUCACCAACUUCUUCAAACACCCGAAGACGUCAAAUUGGUAAAUACUCGAGCGCCUCUUUCUCUCAACAAUCGGUUGUUCAGGCUAUGAAAAGUGUGAUAUCCGAUUUCUGGGCUGAAAAUUGUGUGUACCUCGAGCUGAGAACGACUCCGAAAGAGACGGAAAACAUGAAUUACGAGCAAUACAUUCGGGGUUGCUUAGAAGGUUCUCAGGAUUGCUCCCUCGCAGUUUCAUGACGCAUCACUUUCCAGCUAUUGAGACUACGCAGUACGAGACAAUGGAAGUGUUCCUGAUCAUCAGCUUUGACAGAAGAAUGUCCGUGGAUACGGCGAAGAAGAUUAUGGAAGCAGUCAUCAGACUCCGUUCCGGUUCGUGACAUUCUUGAGAUGAAUUAGAAAUAUGCUUUCAGAAACGAAUCUGAUCGUCGGAGUUGAUUUGUGUGGAAACCCAUCUGUGAAUGGCCGCCAUCUCCUGGAAAUAUUUGAAACCGCCCGUUCCCAUGGACUCGGUGUCACAAUUCAUUUAGCAGAAGUGGAAAGCAAUCUGGAGGAGGUGGAAGAAUUCCUUUCGUACCGACCGGAUCGCAUUGGGCACGGCUCGCUCCUGCAUUUGAAUGAAAAGCACAUUCAGAUGAUAAAGAGGGCCAAGAUUCACCUAGGUAGCCUUCUAAUUCUUACCUUCUUCCCUUAAAUUACAAUUUCAGAAAUCUGUCCUACCUCGAAUAUCACUUCUUCUACUUUCAAAAGCCACGACGAGUCUCAUUACGGCUUCUGGAAAAAUCACGACGUGCCAGUGUCAUUCAAUGUGUGUUAUUUUGCAUAAAUCACAUUUGAAACGGUAAAAUUACAGACGGACGACAAAGGAAUUUUUCCGAACUGCUCGUUGACAGACGAAUACCUUGUGAUGGCCAACGAAUUCAAUCUUUCUACGGAAGAUCUCAUCAAAAUCAACAGAGACGCAUUGACGGCUUCAUUCGCUCACAAGUUUAGCGUCGUUGAACUGACCGACACGUGGCGAAGAAUCGAGAACAAUGAUAUGAUCUGA